CUGGCCGGCUGUGGCAGGAUUCGGAGAACAGGGUUUAUUUGAUCAAAGAACUCGAUAGGAUUAUUGGGCAGGGGCGAUCUGUCAUAUCAGUGGAUGAUACAUUGAAAAUCAUAGCCUGCAGGGAACAACAUAAGAAAUUAUCAGCUCUUGAGAUGGAGUUGGCUGCAGCUAGACAGGAGGGUUUUACUUCAAUGCGCUCCACAGAGAUUAAUGGAACUGAUUAUAAGAGAAGGCCACUAGUGGUGAUUGGAAUUUUUACAACCUUUGGUCGCAAAAACAAUAGAGAUGCAAUUCGUAAGGCGUGGAUGGGAACAGGUGCUGCCUUGAAAAAAAUGGAGAAUGAAAAGGGAAUAAUCGCACGAUUUGUAAUUGGAAGAAGUGCAAAUCAUGGGGAUAGUUUGGACAGAGCCAUUGACAAUGAAAACAGGCAGACUAAGGACUUCAUUAUUCUUGAUACCCAUGUAGAGGCACCUGAAGAGUUCCCAAAGAAGGCUAAACUGUUCUUUGCUCAUGCUGCUGAAGAAUGGAAUGCUGAGUUUUACUCCAAAGUGAAUGAUGAUGUUUAUGUAAACAUUGAUGCUCUAGGAGCUACACUCGCAACUCAUUUAGACAAACCUCGUGUUUAUAUGGGGUGCAUGAAAUCAGGCGAAGUUUUCUCUGAGCCGAGCCAAAAAUGGUAUGAACCAGAAUGGUGGAAGUUUGGCGAUAAAAAAUCAUAUUUCCGCCACGCUUCAGGUGAGAUGUACGUCAUAUCUCAAGCUUUGGCCAAAUUUGUUUCAAUCAAUAGAGCUAUACUCCGUACCUAUGCGCAUGAUGAUAUCAGUGUCGGGUCUUGGUUUAUUGGGAUUGAUGUUAAACAUGUGGAUGAAGCCAAAUUUUGCUGCUCUUCUUGGACGGGAGGAGCUAUUUGUGCGGGCGUUUGAUUUGAUUUGCUUUUGAGGUUGUGUGCGAAAAUAUCAACCAGAGGCAGAGAGGUCUGAGAGAUAUUUUCGCAUCCCUUAGUGAUGUUUCCAGCCUGCAUGAUGUGGAAGAGAUUAGAGGAAAAAUCCUAGCUCAAAUUGAUAGUUGAUACUGGGCGUCUUGCCCAUCAGAUGAAAUGGAACACUGCAGAUGGGGAAGAUAGGAUUUCGACAAAUCAUGCUUAGAAGAACCGAGCUGUAUAGAUUUUAAUUAUACAAAUUCGGAAAGAAUAAUAUAGGGCGUUCGUUAGCAUGCUUUUCUUGUCCUUGGGUUAUCAUUCUUUAUUCAAAGCAAUAGAAAUUUGUGAUUCUUUUUUAUCGAUUAAUAAUACCACAUAACUUUGGAAAAGUUUCUCAUCUCUAGAAUGAUAACCAAAGAUGGGUGGUUGUAUUCUUAUUCAGUUGA